AUUCCCCUGAAUUCUGUGUGUAGGAAAUCGAGAAAUUGUCCAACAAAUUUAAUAUUUCUCUUUAAAAUUGCUUCAAGAUUAACUAUAAAAUAUAUUUUAAGUCAAUCAAUUUCAAAUCUAAGCUGUAAUUGUCAUUAGUAAACUUUCAUACAUCGUAAUAUUACUGAAUGGAAGGAGAAUUUUAAGUUUCACUUUGUUUUCGUGGAUUUUUUCUACUGCUUGUUAAGUCCAAAUAGUGAUGGACAACACAAACGAUGAAAAUUUAAGGAAGAAUCUCUGGCAACAUCAGCAACAUGGUACAAUAGACAAUAAUCAACAAUACUAUGCGAAUCAAUAUCAGCCAAUUCAACAUGCUGGCUUCGAUCUUCAACGUGAACUUAAUUCGCAACCUGCGCCAUCUGCUUCAACAGAGAAUAUGCAAUUUCUAUACGACAAUCAUGGUCCUUAUUUAAAAAUUUAUUUCAAUGAAAACAAUAUGAGCGACUAUGAGCUGUUUGAUCGGAACCAACAACAACAACAUCAGCAACAACAGAAUGAACUUCCAAACUUCGCCAACAAUCGCGAUGGAAUGAACAAUUUUCUUCCAAACCCUCAAGUUCAAAUACCGUUUUAUGGUUCAAGUUCUGGAUCAGCUGGGGGACCAUCAAAGAAUCCUACAACUAUUCAAAGUAGCGUAAUUCAUCAUCUUGUUAGUAGUUUGGGACCCAAUAAAACGGGCUCGUAUUCACCGUUUGGCGAAACAAUUAUUAACAAUGCCAAUGCCAUCCCUCCCACUGCCAACCAUUCUACAAAUAAUUCUUUUACAACGAGUCCCCAACAACCAACAAACAAUCCAAUGGAAUCCAAUCGAAUUCCUCCAUUCAAUGCAUUCAACAAUGAAAGCAAUGUUGACUUGAAUCUUUCGAGAGCUUCCAUAGAGUCCUCCAAUUCAUCAGCUCAACUUUCAACUCCUAACACAAGCACAGUGUCACCCACUUCCAUGAACAUUAAGAAAACAAGAAUCAUUGCUGAAGUGAAGCCAAUGCGAAUGUCAUACUCGGAUGUUGUUAGUAAAAAUGGUGUCAAUGGACAACCAACGACAUUUGGUAACACAAACUCUGCAUCUAGCAGUCCCAACACAACUCUUCCACUUUCAAAUAAAAACAUGAAGAUUGAUAAAGUUUCGCGUGGAAAUUUUGAUAAGAGAGAUGGCGGCGAUAAAGAGAACCAAGCAAAGAACAAAAAGAGUCCAAUAAAUACAAACAAUUCGACUUCUGGUAAUCCUAAUAAUUUUUCUGAUUCUAAAAAAUCACAAUCAAUGAGUGGAAAAAGCUAUGAAAAAUCAUCAACAAAUUCAACUUUAAAUCAAACAUCAAAUUCUAAGAAAAAGACAUCACAAGGAUUAAGUAAGGAAACAUCAACAUCAUCGAUAGGGACAGCAAAAAAUCCACUAAAUGCAACUGAAGCAGCAAAAGAUUCGAAAGUUAAAAGCGCGAGUGAUUCUGAUGACGACGACGAUAAUUCAAGUAUGAAUGAAUCUGAUUUUAAUGACAUCAUCAACGAUCCGUUGGAGUUUUACAAUGUCCGGAAGAAUGUUUAUCAUGGCGAACAUCACAACAUCGAGAAAAUCAUCACAACGAAAGGAUUAGCAUCGACAAAUUAUAGAAAAAUGAAAUCAGCUUCAGCGAAUGUGUCAACAAAGAAGACGGAAAAGGCUCAAAGACGAACGGGAAAGAGUACAAAUCGUAAACGACAAAAGCACGAAGUUCUCAUGAAACUGUUUAUGGCAUGGGCUGAAUAUUUGUUGAAAUUCUUUCAAUGGCUUUGGACUUUGAUUUAUGAUGUCGGUUAUUUGAGUUUUGGAAUCAUUUGGGAUCGAAUGAGUUGGUGCUAUCAAUGUUCAAUGCAAGGAGUCGAAGCUGCUCGUCGAGAACUUAGCGGAAGUCCUGGUAAAGCUGUUUGGGUGUGGAUGAAAGAUUUAUGGAAACGUUUCGAUAAUAAAUUCGACAAGAAAUCGCGAUGGGCUUUUUGGAGAUGGCUUUUUAAGAAGAAACAGCCAAUAAAUGAACAAGUUAAGGAUCAUUACAAAGACGGAAAGCUGCCAAAAACUGCUGAAGAAGCAAUGAAAUCGCUGCUGAAUUGCAAAGGAAAAGAUCCUUACAGCAUUCUCGGCGUCAAUCCUAACUGCUCUCAAGAACAAAUCAGAAAACACUACAAGAAAAUUGCUGUAUUGGUUCAUCCUGAUAAAAACAAACAACCUGGAGCUGAAGAAGCUUUUAAAGUUCUUCAAAGAUCAUUUGAGUUGAUUGGUGAACCUGAAAGUCGACAACAUUACGAUCAGAGUGUUGCUAAAGCUCUAAAUGCUGAAAAAGCAUUCACUGAGUUAAGCGACCUACUCGUGCAGUUACAGACAAAGAUUUCAGAAGCAGCAAAUACAAUUCGAUGUUCUUCUUGUUGUUUCCGACAUCCUAGAAAGCCAACCGGAAGAAAACAUUUCGCUGCUCGUGAAUGCUCCACAUGUAAAAUCAGACAUCCAGCGAGAGAAGGUGACAUCUGGGCUGAGACAAGUUUCUUUGGAUUUCGUUGGAAAUAUUUAGCAUUGAUGGAAGGGAACGUCUACGACAUUACUCAGUGGGCUCUUUGUCAACGUGGCGCUUUAUCACAUCUUCAAGCAAACUCCUGUGUGGUUCAAUAUAAAAUUGUCCUUGGUGGUAAUGGCGGUAAUCAGCAGCAAAAUCAAUCGCAUGAGAAAGAAAAGUUUAAGAAAGAUGUUCCUGUUAGUGAGCCAAGCAUGGAUGAUUUCUUUUUGAAUAACAUUUAUGCUGGUCAAAAUCCUCAACAACAGCAUCAAAAUCCACGGCGUCGCUUCAAGAAGAACUAAACCCACUGUCUGACUAAACUCAAAAGAAGGAAAAUUAACAAUUUAUUUGUUUUUUAAUCUCAAUUAUGUGCAACAAAAUAUUCUUUUUUUAUUUAAUCUUUUGUUCUUUAUGCUUCUCGUUAUUUCAUUAUUACUGGAACUUUAAAUGGCAAGAGAUGAAAAUUUCUUGUAGGAAUUUGUCUGCAUAAUUGACGACGAACUAAUUUUAUGCCAGAAUAAAUUCAAGGAUUAAAUAAAUUGAAUAAUUUGGCUGAGAAUUGCUAAACAUCUAAC